AUUUUUGCGCGACAAGUGACAACGAGAAAAAAUGAAAUAAAUGAAGGCAGAAGUGGCGAAAAGAAAAGAAUCUCUCUUCCCAUUACCUCCCCAACACGACGUUGUAGAUCCCAAAGCUGAGGCAAGAGUCAGCUCUCUACCACUACGCAUAGAGGGGGAGAUAAAGAAGAGUGGAAUCGAUGAUACUGUUGCAAUCUCACUCAAGAUUUCUUCUUCAGACCUUGUUGAAUCGGGUUCAGAACCUUGAAAAAGGAGUUGAAUUGGAUUAUCACUGGGUUGAGUUUGACGAUGUUCGUUACCAUAUUCAGGUGUCAAUGAAGAAUUCACAUGUCUUGCUGCUAUCAAUGUCAUUACCCACCCCUCCUCCAGAAGCCAUUUUCUUUGGUGGACUUCCGUUUGGAGCUAUAGAAGCUAUAAAAGCUGCAUAUGGUGUACUUGUACAAAUUCUUGAUCCUCCAAGGGAUGGCUUUAAUCUCACAUUGAAACUGAAUCUGUCAAAACUUCCUCCAGAUGAAGAGCACAGACAUGCUCUUUUGGUAAAGAUUGCAUCUGUUAGGGAAGUGGUACUUGGUGCUCCAUUGAGAGUAAUUCUAAAACAACUUGCUUCAAGGACUGUUGCUCCUAAUAUGGAUCGGCUUGUUGCCAUUGUGCACCGGCCGAACGAGUCUUUUUUCCUUGUUCCUCAGGUAGGAAAGGUGACGGUUGUGUUUCCUAUGAGAUUUAAGGACUCCAUAGAUAUUGUUCUUGCGACUUCCUUCCUGCAGGAGUUUAUGGAAGCAAGGCGCACGGCUGGACUAAAUAACGUCCCUUCUUGUUUGUGGUCUUCUUCUCCUCCUCUAGAGCUGAAGGGAGCUCCUGGUGAAGCACUAUUGGCAAAUGCAGGAUUUGUUACAUUUGGUAAUGUACAAAAAUGGAUAGAGUUGGUUUUCCCUUCUCUUUCUCACCAUAACAAAUUGCAAUCUUCAAUUGAUGCAGUUAUCUUCCCCCGUCAUGUAGAAGGCAAAAAGCUGGACCGUACAGUUUGGAGUUUAUCAACGUUUCACGCUUAUGUUAGUUAUCAUGUUAAAUGCUCAGAGGGUUUCAUGCAUACAAGGAUGCGGCGUCGUGUGGAGUCUUUGAUUCAGGCCCUAGAUCGUGCAAAGCCCGAGUUGGAGAAUUCGAAGAAAACAGUGCAAAGCAGAUCCUUCAAACGACUGAGCCUCAAUGAAGCAAGGACCAAUUCGAAGUCAUAAAGAUUUACUGGGUAGAAGAGGGAUGCUCCUGUUUGGAUCCCGAGAAGCCCAUCAUUGGCGUUGUUUGCAAUAUUAUGCAGGAAAGACGACUCCAAGUGCUUGGUACAACUUUGUCUAUAGUUGCCCUUUGUCUGAACAAGAAAGUUCCAUUUUGUUUAGGCCAAUUUUGGGAUCCAUAUUAGAAUUUCCUUUCCUGGUUUAAAUUUUAAAACAUUAAUUUAGGUAUGCCCACAUAAAUUUAUGGCUCACAUGCCAAUGGAACCGAGUUAUUUGCGUGAUAUGCUAUCCUGCUUUGAUCAA